AUGUCCUUUCUCCUCCAAUGUCUUCAAGGCAGUGAACCUUUGUUAAAGCAUUAUUAUAGAGACAUUACUACAACAAUUAGUGACUUGGAAGGUAAAAUAGGUAAGGGCCAUGGUGUUCAGGGAUUUGCGCAGGCCAUUGAAAGUGUGCGUCAGGGGCUGCGGGAGUAUGAGGGGGGGAUGCGUGAUAAAAGUAAGAAGGUUGUAGAUGAUGUGACAGCCAUACAGAGCAAUUUCACAAUUUUAAGAGAGUAUUUAGACAAUGUUAAUACUAAAAAUUUGCAGGUUCAAUUGCAAGAGGUACAAAAAUAUGCAAGACUCUACUGGGUGAAGGCUUCGUUGGCGGAAGAGGCGAGAAAAUUAUUGGACGAGACGCUUAAAGGUAAGUUAGAUAAGCAUGUUUCAUUGGUUGUGCAGGCGGCGGACGGAUUCAAGAGGAGCGCGGAAGACGGUGAAGUAGGCAAGGCGGCAGCGGCUAUGGACAGAGAGCUCCUACAGCAGAAAAACAAUAUCACAAUAGCAUUAAAUAGUGGUAUAUCUGUGGUUCACAACACCAUAGAUAGGGGCUACGAGAACGUUCAAAAUAGCAUUGAGAGCCUCUCAAACGUUAAGACAGAGCAAAUUAAUAAUGUUAAGUACGCCGUUUCAUCCGCUAAAACCUUGGUGGAUGGGUAUGUACAAGAUUUUGAUAAUCACUACAAAACACCGAUCAAUCAUAUGUUUGCAGAAAUUAAAACCAAACUGGAUGCACUCGAUUCCUCUAAGAAAAAACCACCCCAACUGAGAGAGGAAAUGAACAAGAUAAGUUCGGCUGUUGUUGCAGUGGGGAAUGAUUUGUCAGGAAAAUCGCAGAAAUUGCACAAUUGGAUUAGUGCGGCGGAGAAGACCAUGCAUGAAGCCUUGACGAAGGUGGAAAAGAUAUUGGAGCAAGUUGAUGGCGAGAAAGCAUUGAAUAAGAUUGCGAUCGAGGGUGCAGUCCAUAAGUUAAAAGGUUCAACUCAACAGCAUUUUAUUAAAUUAAAACAAGAAGAACUUAAGUGCUACGCAUACCAGGCUAUGUAUGCGCUGGAGAAUUUGGGCACUGAAGUUUUGAAAGUAGUUGAUGAGAAUUUUAUGGAAGCAGAAGAGCAAUGCAGAUUGCUGGUUUCGCAAGGCUUGAAUACGCUGAGUCGUAGCGCCACGGGUCACGCCGACGUACGUAUCAUAUGGGCUUGGACACAAGCAGCGCAGAAUAUCAUCAGCAUUGUGCACAAUAUUGACGAGGUGGUUAAACAAUUUGUCCAAAGAAAUUCCCAAUCGUUUAGAUCGGUGCAAGUAGAUUCAUCAUUAUCUCAGCUCCAGCAGACUCAGCAAGUUGAUACAAUUCUUCAGGGAGGGUACUCAUCUAUUGCUCCCAAUCAACUUCCUCAACAUCAACAAAUGUUAUCAAAUAUCACUAGUGCCGUCAAGACGGUUCUUCAGGCAUCCAUAGACACCUUAAUCACGGAAAUUAAAAAUGGUAUGCCUAGUUUUAGCAAUGUAAGUAUCACUUCCGAUUUUCGUAAUUUGCAAAACAUUACUAAGCCAGUGCAUACAGCUUUGCAUAGUGCUUCACAGUUUGCUCAGCCACUAUAUGAAAAGCUUCAACUACUUACCGGACGCACUCACGGAAGCAAUCGGAGCAGCAGCUUUCAUAAUAUCAGAGAAGCUUACAGUCAACUUAGCAGUUUAAUUCAUAGUGUCAAGCAGUUUGGUGGCGAUUUCACUCAAGAUAAAACAUUUAUGGAAGAAUUCGAUACAGGAAUCACUACGCCUUUCACUCAAAUUACUCAAGUUAUUAAGCAAGCUGCAGGAAAGGACACAGCAGAUGGUCUCAAAAAUGUGUUGACUUCCUUUGAAACACAGAAGAUUGGUAAGUACGACGAAUCCGUUCAUGGCUCCACUCCUCCUUCCGAGAGCCUAGGCGAUGUGCACAAACAGCUUAAGGAAUUGUACACCUGUGAAAUUACUGAACCCGGAAGAAUCCAACAAGCCAUCGGAACCGCGCUUGAGACUGUUGGCAAGUUGGAACCCGUACCUGAGCAGGUUGUGAAGGCCCAGCAAGUAGUUGACAAGUCUAUGCAGCAGUUGGAGGAAUACUUCACGACACUUCGUGAAAAGAUUGCUUUGGCAUCCUCCAUCGUUGACACCGUAGAAAAACAGUUGACUCAAAAAAUUGAUCUACUAGAUGGCGCUUUUCACGAAGCAACAGAUUCGGCUAAAAAGGCCAUCACAAAACUCCGAGACGACUUAACAUUGAACGUCCAACAAUCCUUCUCCACCCUCACCCACCAAGUCCACUCCCUCUUCGCGAAGCAGAAGCAGGCCGAGCUCACGCAGCUGCAGACCGUCGUCACGGCGCAGUUGGCGGAGAUUACAAGCAUUAUUGAGAAGGAUAAAACGACAGGGGUGAAGGGUUUCUUGGGGAAAAUGAAGACAUAUUUUGUUGAUACAAUAAGUGAUGCUUUUCCCAUGCCUAUUCCAGGUGUUCCGAGCAAAGACAUACAAACUAAAUUGGAAGACAUAGCAGAUGUUGCAAGAGAAUCCCUUGAGGGUUUUUUUGCACUUUUGCAAAAACAAUCAGAUUUCAUCUCCGACUAUUCUAAGGUCCAACCACCGGCUGACGCUCUUCUGGUUCUGGUCAAUGGCCUAAAAACCUCAAAACAUUUCGACCACACUUUUUCUAAAAAUUUAGACUCACUUAAUAAAUCACUUAGCGCAUUUAACCCGUCUAAAUUUGAAAAUGGCAAAAAUCCGCUUAUCUUUGAUAUCAUCAAAGACAGUAUGACGGCCCUGGUCAAGCAGCUGGAGUACGCUUACGUCAGUGCAUACUCUGAGCAGACAGUCGAGUGGGAGCAUAAGCCUAAGCUUCCUGAUUUCAUGGUAUCGGAUGGUGUGCUCAGCAAUGGCGCAACAAAAUGCGCCAAGGUAUUUUGCACAAUCAUUAACCCACUCUACGACGAAUUGUCUCAGCUGGGUGAUAAUUGUAGAACCGGAGGGAAGUGGGAACAUAGAAAAAUCGAUUUAAGCAGUCAGUUAACUUUCAGUGCCAAAGGGCAUACACAAACAGAUACCAAUCCCCUCGGCGAUUUUCUGAAAAGAUGUGGAUUUGGCGUUUCAACAGAUCCUAAUAUUUGCACAUCGGAACUGGUAAAUAAAUCUAACAUGAGCGGUUCAGCAAUUUCUGGCAAGCUUGAGACACAACUUAGCCUUUUAAAUACUAUCAUCAAAAUUAACGAUAUAGAUUAUGAUAGCAAUGUAAAAGUUAUGGACCUGCUUGAAUACUUCCGCGAGUUACUCCGCAACUUCUACCGCGUUACCCAGGUCCGCCAUAUACCCGCUGCCAAAGCACCGAACACUGUUUACCAUAUGCUCCAAUGGCUGUGCGGGUUCCGGUAUAAUCCGAUGCAAACAAAAGUUAAUAAUUAUUUUGUUACAUUGUUUGGUGAGAACAAAGAUGCAUUGGAAGUGUCAGUGCCAGACGAAAUACAACGCAAAUUGCCAAGUUACAUGCUUUCACCUAGCAAAUUAAUCGGCGCACUCACCUUAACCUGUCGCCACGCCGAAAAAGUAUUAAGCGCAAUCGUAGGCUAUGGCAACGCCGAAGGCCGAUAUGGAUGCGAUUACAACACCAACCCAGACGACCUUUCGUAUCCCACCAGUCCCGCCACCUGUUUCGACUGGCUCGUAGAAAUAUGUUCGAGACUCCAUCACCAACUUUACUUCCUAUAUUAUCAGUGCUGUAACGGCAAUAGCAGUAGCGGUUGGCUGGACUGCCAUUACGGUAACGGUGUCGGUGGCUCCGCUUGGAACUGUAAUGAUGAGCAGUGUGCCAACCAAAAGUGUAAGCAAAUAGUUAAGCAAAACUGCAGGCAACACCCUAGGUGCGGCCUUAAGUCGCCGCUCCAAUCGUUUUUGGAAGAUGGGCUCCAGGGAUUCCUUCCUCAUCCGUUCAAAAAGCCUGAUUGCAAAAUGAGUUGCUCAGUUGCCAACCAUCGUGGCAUCCCAUGUAAGACGCCAAUGGGCUUUAGAAACAUUAGCACUGUUGCGUCGCAUACAAUGAGAGGCCAGCACCUGAUGAAGGCCUUGGCGGGCUUUUGCAGCAACCCGGACAAACCCCUUACAAAGCUCUGCGGUUAUCUGACAUGUUUAUUACAGAAACCACCGCAGACCCUUGACGAGAUGCUUGCGUUCUACUACAGUUUCCUGAGUGGAUGGAGUAACAGUGGUCCACACAGAAAGGACGCAUUUCAAACAGCUGUUGAUAAUGCUUAUUUCGGUAACAGCUACAAACAGCUUAACCCUGAAUCAAUAUGCGACAGCGCUACACAUAGGGAUGACAACCAUCCACAUGGUGAUAUUUCUUCGAUAAUAAAUUGCAAUGAGAAAUCAUCCCCAGUCUCUCCCUGCGGUUCAUACAUACACCCAGUCAGCUUACAUAGCCGUUGUAUAUAUUCUCAGGAACACGCCGACAAAUACCUUUCGUGGAUUGUAUAUCUCACUGAAGCGUUUUACAAUUACCUUUGUAGGUUGCUGACAAAAUGCGAAGAAACUUGCGGCAAGAAUACAUCGAAGUGCCGUGCUGAUGGAUGCGCAAAUGACUGCCGAAAUGCAAAAUCAGCGACGCAUUCAUCGACAUGGAUAGUAUUUGGCAAUAAUACAAAAAUCGGAGGUCGACUCGGAAAACACUUGAAACGAACAUGUGGAGAUUUCAUCGAGCAACUGAAAAAAGUAUGCGGCGGAAAAUCACUCAUCGCCAAGUUGAUACAUGAAACAAUACCCGAAUACAUAUGGACGAUAAGACAACCCUUCUCAUACCUCUUGUUAGCCCUCUGGUCGCUGUCGCUCCUGUACCUGCUGCACAUCACCGUCGUCCGCCUCGACGUGCUGAGGAUACGCUCGCACCUGAGAUCACCCUCAAGCCACCGCAUCGCCGCGCAGUCCCUCCUCGCCGUUGCAAAGGUUGGGAAAAUUGCCAACGUCAAGUACUUCUCACCAUAA